AUGUUCAAGUACAUCGCACUUUUCGCCUUCGUGGCCGUUGCCCAGGCUUCCACCAAUGUCCAGACAUGCCGGGUGUUCUCUGGCGCGCUUCCUACGACCACCACUAUCGAGGGAUGCCGCGACCCGCCGUGUCUGCUUCCUCAAGGAAGGGACGCUGUCAUCCACAUGACAUUCAACGCACCUCGCAACAUCAACUCAAUGCGCACGCUGGCCACCGCUUUCAUCAUGAACAUACCAGUCCCGUACUCGCUGGGCAAAAACGAGGUCACUUGCAACUUCAUCACCAACACGCAAUGCCCCGUCAACAGCGGCCAGCAGAUACAAUACACUCUCAGGAUGUUCAUUGAGAGUACCUUCCCAGUGGGCAUUUCAACAACAAUAGAAUUCCGCAUUGUGGACCAACGUAACAGCGCGGUUGUGUGUGUGCGUGUGCCAAUCAGGAUCACAGCGGGCCGCGAGCUCGGCUAUGUGCCACAGGUUGGCAAGAUUGCAGAAAUCGAUGAGAAUCAAAUUGACGAGAACAAUUAUUAA